UCCAAACCCCGAGACAAGCAGCGCGCCCAUUACUAGUACUAGUACUACUACUACUUUUUGGAUUGCGUAAUUCCCAUCACCACCCACCAAUAGAGUGGCAGCAACAAUCGCCACUGGACGGUGGCGCGUGAAGGACACUCGAGGCGGCCUUUCCGGGGCGAGACGGGAAAUGGGUCAGGGGCUGAGUUGUGGAGAGCCUCGGGAGAUUGGUCUGUUUGGGGCUGUGGAAAAUGGGGACUUGGAGGUGGUUCAGGAUAUGGUGGAAGCUGACCCGAGUGUUUUGGACCAGAGAAAAGGUCGUGGCAAGCUUUCUGCUAUGCAUGUAGCUGCUGCUGGUGGUCAGAUCGAGGUGCUGUCUAUGCUUUUGGAUCGGUCUGUUAGUCCGGAUGUAGUGAAUCGCCAUAAGCAGACUCCGCUGAUGUUGGCUGCAAUGCAUGGGAAUAUCACUUGCGUUAGAAAGCUAAUCCAAGCAGGAGCAAAUAUAUUGAUGUUCGAUUCCUUCAAUGGAAGAACUUGCCUGCAUUAUGCUGCAUAUUAUGGCCAUUCAGACUGCCUCCAAGCCUUUUUAUCCGCCGCACAAUCCACCACUGUUGCAAAUUCUUGGGGAUUUGCAAGAUUUGUGAAUAUUAGAGAUGGAGGUGGAGCAACCCCAUUGCACUUGGCUGCCCGUCAAAAACGGGCCGAGUGUGUGCAUGUUCUUUUGGAUAGUGGGGCUCUUGUUUGUGCUUCAACUGGUGGAUACAGCUACCCUGGAAGCACACCACUUCAUUUAGCAGCUCGUGCUGGUUCUUUAGAUUGCGUCAGAGAGUUGCUUGCUUGGGGAGCAGAUCGGCUUCAAUUAGACUCAUCAGGGAGAAUCCCAUACCUGGUUGCUCUGAAGCACAAGCACAGAGCAUGUGCUGCGAUACUGAACCCUUCAUCAGCAGAGCCUCUUGUCUGGCCAUCACCUUUGAAGUUUAUCAGCGAACUUAAUCCAGAGGCUAAAGCUUUGUUGGAGAAGGCUUUAAUGGAAUCAAACAUGGAGAGGGAGAAAGCUAUCUUGAAGGAGAUAGUCUCCAUUCCAUCUCCUUUGCAUUCAGAUGUAGAGGGUGAUGAUAAUGCCUCUGAGGCUAGCGAUGUGGAUCUAUGCUGCAUAUGCUUUGACCAGUUAUGCACAAUUGAGGUUGGACCAUGUGGUCAUCAAAUGUGUGCACAUUGCACCCUCGCCCUAUGCUGCCACAAGAAGCCCAACCCCUCAUCUUUAUCUUGCCCUACAGUCCCUGUUUGCCCCUUUUGUCGGACCAGCAUCACCCAACUAGUCGUUGCCAAUAUCAAGGCCAACAACGAUGUGGAGGUGGAAAUGAGUCCCUCAAAACCAAGGAAAUCAAGAAAGUCUAAUGUCAGUGAAGGCAGCAGCAGCUUCAAGGGCCUGUCGCCUUUGGGCUCAUUUGGAAGAUUGGGUGGUCGCAAUUCAGGAAGGGUAUCUGCUGAAUGCAAUGAAGACAUCAAGCCUUGACAAGUGCAGUUGUGGAUUUGUCCUCUCUCUGAACCAGUUUGAUAGUCCAGCAGAUGGAGCUAGCUAUCUUGAAUUUGCUUGAGGAGCGAGACCAUCACCGGUACGAGCAUCCAACUCACCUUUUGGAGGUCUUAAAUGCUAUGAGCAUAUGAGAAUAUGUAUGUCCUUCGGCACACCGAGUCUGCAGUUUUCUGCUUUCUUGAGUCUUGUCUAGUCUGCUUUUCUUUCCAUUAAAGAAGCAGCAAAACUUCAUGGGUUUGUUACCCAAUUAUAAAUAUAAUUCCAUAUCAUAUAAAUAAAGUUUCAUUUUAUCUUCCA